AUGACGAACGAGGACUUCGAGCACUUGUGGCAAGAGCUGUUGAUGCAGAUCUGCGGGCUUCAUCCGGAUUCAAAAGCAAACCUGGAGUCCGAGCAAAGGUUUGAUUCACUGGCCAAGGACCUGCAGCUGUCUGAGCGUUACGCAAGAUGUCCAGGGUUGAGGAAGCGCAUGGCAUCCUGCGGCGGACUUCGCAAGCUGUGGGAGCACUGCCACUCCUUAUCUAGCUGCGAUGCUGCAUGGGCGCAGCUCGUAGCAGAUCUGGUAUGCUUCUCUAUAAGCGGUAGCUCCAAGAUUCCAGAUGCAAAGCUGGCUGCCCAUCUGCGCAGCCGACUCGGCAUGGCCGAGCGAUUAAAGGAACACCCAGCUCUCAGCAUUUGCAUCAACCGUGAAGGAGGCCUCUGCAAUCUGUGGAGGAAGAUUCACCAACAGACCACCGAAAGCCAAGCAGCAGGGGCAGCGCAUGCCAUGCUUUGGCCACACUGCCCGGCGACACAUCCCAUGGGCUGGACUUGGACGGCGCAUCCCUGGCAUGAGUACGCGGGGCACGCUGGGCAGCACAAUGCUCGAGCCCAGGUAGAGCGAGGCGACAUUGCCAGGGAGAUUUGGAUCGCAGCGGGAGAGUCUUUAGAAAGCUUCCGUGAGGAUUUGAGGUCUUGGUUUCAGCGGGCCGGCUGCCAGUGCAUCUCAUUGCCACUCGCUGCUGAACAGAUUGAGCAAAGGACGCAUGCAUCAGCAGCUGUUUUCGGGACUCUGUGGAACAUUGACAGCGGCAUGCUCCUGGGAGAUUGCGAAGGGUUGUUCGCAGAGAGCCUGGCGGGGGCUGAAAUCCAUGUGCUGGUGUUUGAGGACGGCUUCCGAGACUUCCCAGAAGGUGGUUCUGAACCAGCAGAUAUGAAUGCCGUGGGCAACAUCAACCGCACCUUGCAAGCCUUUGCAGCACCACCAGAUUCAGCAGGUACUGGCAGGCUUCUUCGAAGCACCUUUCGGAGCUUGCAUGUUUUUGGGCAUGACUGCUACGUGCAGGUUCUAGCCCGGCACUUUGCGGCUCAUAUGCGCAAGAGUCGCAGGGCACUCACAGAGAAGCAUCUUGUGGAAGAGAUCUUAGAGAGCUCACAGAGCGGAGCGGCCAAUGAUUCGCCCAAUGGUAUUUUGGUGAGUCGCGCGGUUCCAACAGUUGCAGAGCUUUUAGACUGCAAUGCCGCGUCUGGCCCGUCCACACUGCUAGUCAUGCCGACGACGUUUCUGCGAAAGGCCGAAAAUGGAAGGACUGGCGAAGUCUGCGUCCCAGCAGCCGGAGAGUGGGCCACCGCUUUGACAUUGACAAACACACGUGCAAGAUUUGACACCGCCAUCGACCCUCUUGGCGAGUGA